AUGGGAUCAGUCCUCCUCAACCUUCCGCGGUCGGAUCACAUUGACAGCUCCUACACCAUGCUGGGAGGCGCCAUCACUCCCUCGGAAUCCGUCUAUCGACCUUCAUCCCAUCAAACUUCUCACCCAUCGUCUCACUUGGACACCGGCAGCUCCAGGUCCACGUCGACCACUACCACCCCCACUUCCUCCACAGCCCCGCCAUCAGCAUCCGCCGCCGGCUCUGCUCGUCUGCACUCCCACUCUUCGCAUGAUGUGCCUGCCUAUAUCAACCGGUCAUCUCACACACCCUCUCAACCGUCCACGCGAGAUUCUUCAGCCACGCCGGGAUCGACAUACACCCAGCCUCCCUCAAUGAGUUCCACCCAUGUGCCUUAUCCCGACUCUUCCACUUACCCCGCGUUCCAUCGCUCUCAACAUUCUCUGCGGUCGCUGGGUGGGUCAGAAGCGAACUCCCCGAGUCGCAUCAAGGUCCGUGAUCUGUCCCAUAUCCAGAGCUUUGCCAGCGAAGAGUUCUUGGCCCAGUCGCAGAGGGAUCGAAUGCCGGGGCAGUGGUACCAAGAGCGCCAGUAUGAGAUUAGCUCUAUGCCAGUCACCGAUAUCAUUGAGAUGGUUGCUGGACUUCUUACGAAAAUCACCACGGCCAAUGACACACACCAUGAGCAGAUUCAUCGACACAUCCCUCCCCCUGAUGGCACAGCAAGCCUUAGCCCACAAGCCACGAGUGUGCUUGCAUUCCAUGGCAAGAAUGUACCGAGCAUCAGCAUUCUCAGCUAUCUAACUCGCAUUCAUAAGUACUGUCCAACUACUUAUGAGGUCUUCCUAAGCCUACUAGUGUAUUUUGAUCGCAUGACUGAACUAGUGAACCAAGGCCAAUUGGAACGUCUCCAGCGGCGCUGGGGACAUGUCCGAGCGGACUCUGCCUCUCGGCCAGGGUCUCGGGCGUCGGCAGUGAAACCUGCGCAUGCUUCGCCCAUGGUGACUCCCCCAUCUUCUGCUGGAAUGAGAGCACAAGACCCAGCCAGUCCAUCUUCCAUAUCACCGUCUUUGCACCCCCAGGAGGAAGACGACUACCUUUCCCAAUUUUUUGUUGUCGAUAGUUUUAACAUUCACCGGCUGGUCAUCGCGGGCGUGACCUGUGCCAGUAAAUUCUUUUCCGAUGUUUUUUAUACUAAUUCUCGAUACGCGAAGGUGGGAGGUCUUCCACUGGUUGAGCUGAACCACCUCGAGCUUCAAUUCUUACUAUUAAAUGAUUUCCGACUCUCGAUACCAGUUGAAGAAUUGGAAGCAUAUGGAACCAUGCUUGUCGAAUUUUAUGCACGGGAGAUUGUUGCUCAACAACAGCAACAGCAGCAGAUAGUAUCUCAAACUGAGGUACCUCGUCCAUUCGGCUCAUCGACGGGGGUAGAAUCUCCAUCGGAUGCGAUGUAUAUGCGGCCUCACGAGAAGCGUCGCCCCGAUCAGCCAGAAAUCCGACAGACCCCAACACCACCGUAA